ACGCACACACUUUCGAACUUCUUCACACGCAACUUCCUCUCUUCUAACCCUCACUGCUAUAUAUAUACUCAAACUUGCGUUUCUUCUUUCUUCAACUUAAAACACUUUUACUAAUUCUUAUCAGACUGAAAAAGAAAGAUAGUAAUAAUAAUGGCACUCGAAGCUCUUACUUCGCCUAGAUUAGCCUCUCCUGUUCCAAUUCUGUUUCAAGAUUCUGCAGUUGGCUUCCAUGGUAGCAAAGGCAAGCGAUCUAAGCGGUCAAGAUCCGACUUCGACCGCAGUCUCACGGAGGAUGAAUAUAUAGCUUUAUGUCUCAUGCUUCUUGCUCGCGACGGGAAUCGAAACCGUGACCUUGACCUGCCUUCUUCUUCUUCAUCGCCGCCUCUCCUUCCUACUCCUACUCCUACUACUAGCUACAAGUGCAGCGUCUGCGACAAGGCGUUUUCUUCUUACCAAGCUCUCGGCGGGCACAAGGCGAGUCACCGGAAAAACUCAUCGCAGACUCAGUCUAGCGGAGGAGAUGAGAAAUCCACGUCCUCCGCGGUAACCAUCGCUAGCCACGGCGGCGGCGGCGGAGGAGGAAUUGUGAAGCCUCACGUCUGCACGAUCUGUAACAAGUCUUUCGCGACGGGUCAAGCUCUCGGCGGCCACAAACGGUGCCAUUACGAAGGCAAAAACGGCGGCGUUGCAAGCAGUAGCUUGUCCGUUUCCGAAGGCGUGGGGUCCACAAGCCACGUCAGCAGCGGCAGCCAUCAUCACCAACACCACCACCGUGGGUUUGACCUCAACAUCCCGCCGAUACCGGAGUUCUCGACGGUCAACGGAGAAGAAGAGGUGAUGAGCCCCAUGCCGACGACCAAGAAACUGAGGCUCGAGUAGAUUCAGCUAGCAGUUUAAAUGAAAUUUGUUAUAUACUGUACAUAUACCAAUUUUUAGAUUCCGGUUCGUGUUCUUCUUCAUUGAAUCAGUAUUCCUUCUUUGUUA